UUCUGUUCUUUCUAACCCCAAGUUCGUGUAGUGAAAUGGAGCCAAAAUGGGAGAUUUCAGUACACAAGGGGGAAUUGAGCGGUUGGUAGAAGUACAACUAGUCUUCCUUUUUUAAAACAAAUGCAUAAGAAAUAAAGCUUUCUGUAUCACUGGUAUAUAACUCCAGUUCUGAUUGCUCAGAUGGACAGUUAAUUUUCUAAAAACUUUGGGAAAUGCAAUGAUCUGGUCAAACGUUAUUUUCAUAUUUGGUGACAAUAUGGGAAAGCUCAACAAUUCUGGAACAUGGUUUACCCACGUGUGCUAGAAGCGGGAAGAAGUGGGAAGCAGAGGGAACAAGAAAGCAGAAGGACCUUUUUUGCAGAAAUUUUCAUUAGGAAUGGACCUGCUUGUUUAGAGAAGGAGUGGUGGGAUGAUUCAGAAACCAGCUGCCUAGGGAUAAGGAACUCUAUCCAAGCAAUCAUGUCCCAGCUGCGCCUCUUCCUAGUGGUCCUCCUUCCAUUUCUCUCCCUUCUCCCACUGACAGCCACCAGCCACUGUGAGCCACACGCCAGCGCUGACUGCAAGAAACAUGCCAGCUUUGUACCUGGCCAUAACUUCAUUGGGGAAGGAGUUGAUAUCACCAGUCUGGAGAGAAAAGGGGCUUUUGUGGUGGACAUCAGCAAGUGGCAGGGUCCCAAUGGGACAUGUACCCUGUGUAGGAAUCGUCUGAUGCGUGGGCAAUGGCAGAAACUCCCCUUGGUUGGGGAGGAUUGGCGAGAGAGGCAAACCUGCCGCCGGCAAGCAACCAACUUUGUGGAUGAGUUAGACAUGGAUGUGGCAAAUGCAGCAGCCCAAGAAAUAGGGAAUGAUUGGAAAAUGGAGUUUGCUGAGGAUCUGAAGAAAUACUGGAAGCAGGACCUGGGGCUUUCCAACACCCAGGUGGUUUUUACUGGAUCUCGCUCUCAAAUGACCCUUUUUGCACACCAGAAAUCCCAUCAGGACCGGUAUAGCUUUCUGAGGCGUGAGAUCGAAUGUGAAUAUUACAGUCUGAGACUUCAGCAGAGUCCUCUGCUAUCCUCCCACUUUGUUCAGGCCAUAGAUAGGUUGCCCCAUAAUUAUGAUCCAGAGGAAUACCAGCAUUUCAUCAAUAUCUAUGGCACCCACUAUAUGAACCGGGUGCAUCUAGGUGGGCGAGCUCGCUUCUUAGUGGCCUUGAAAACUUGCGCCAUGGCCUUAAUGGGAUUCACAGCUGAGAAACUCAAGGAAUGCUUGGACUUGGAGGCAUCCCUACGUCAUAACGGGCUUUCGGGAUUUUUUUCCCUUAGUUCCGAAUGUGAUAAGCUCUGGGUCAGGAAAACAAGAGGGAACUUCUAUGACAUGUAUAGCAGCCAGCACGUAGAGGUGGUAGGAGGACACAAGCAGAUGCUUUUCUCAGAUAGCAGAAACAUGCAGCUCCUCACAGAGUGGAUGGAGACCACCAAAACAACCCCUGGGCUGAUAUCUUAUUCCGUUUUAUCUCUACACACCUUGUUGAACCAAGAGGAUCCAAGGAGGAAUUUGCUAAAGCGAGCCAUUGUGAGCUACAUCAACCAGAGAGCCCUAAGGAGAGACUGUCUCCAAAGUUGUCCUGAAGGGAGCUUCCACAGCUCAGACCGAAGGUGCAUCUGCAUGUGCAAGGCCAACACUGUCGUCAACGAGAAAUGCUGCGCUACUGAGCGGGGCAGGGCCUACCUCAUGUUCUAUGUGGACAGUGCAUCUGAUCUUUGGGGUGACCAUUUUUCUUCCACAGAUGCCUAUGUCAAAUUUUUUUUUCAAAAUCAGGAAAGGCGCACAAGGAUCAUCAAUGGAAACAACAAUCCUCAGUGGUUAGAAGCACUGCACUUUGGGGCUGUCACGUUGGAAGGCAGCGACUACUUUGAGGUGGAGAUUUGGGACAGUGACGUCUGGCAUGAUGACCUUUUGCAGAAAUGUUAUGGAAGGCUGUAUGCAGAAAUGAGAGAGGAAGUCUGGCUCAAAUGCCAUCCCUCUUAUGGAUAUGUUAAAUUCUAUUACAUGUUGAAGUGUGCUCCCACUCUGACCGGAUCCAGCUGCCAUAACUAUCUCCCCUCACAUCUGCCAACCUCAUAUUUCAAUGACACUAAUCCCCAUUUGGGAGCUUUGUCCUUGUCCCACAGAUUUCGUGACCAGGUGCUACAUGAGUAGGACGCAUCCUGAUAAAUCAAGGUGCUAUGCAGGGACCGAGUUGGAAAGACUCUGUUGUGGUGUCCCUAUGAAUUUUCUUCUAUAGGUCAACUAGGAAACAGUUGUUUAACAGAUGAUUCCCACAAACAUGUAUAAAUUCAGGUGGGCUCAAUAAUUUCUUCCUCCUUAACUCUUUUAUUAUGAUACACUAGUGCUUUUCCAAGUGGUCUUUUUACACUAUACAGUGGACCAUGUAUCAGGGCACCCAGUUGUGAACUUGUAACAUGAUAUGAAUCCCUUCUUGCAUAUACCAUAAUCAAAUCCUAUAUGGAUCAUAUUAUUUGUAUUUAUAGUCAGAGAAACAGCAGCCUGCUGUGAGAGGUUAAUUACACGUGUUCACAUAUGUUUCAGAGAAGGACUACUAGAAACCAAGCCUUGUUAGGAACAGUUAAAGGACUUAGGUAUAUUUAGUCUGCAAAAGAAAGUACUAAGGGGAGAUAGAAUAGCAAUCUUCAGAUAUACAAAAGAUGUCAUAUAGAUGAGUGAGUACAUUUGUUAUGGGUUAUCCCUAGCAGCAGGACCAGAAUUCACUGGGAAAGGAGGUAGAUUCAGGGAAGAGCUGUCAACCAGUGGAAGUCUGUCUCAUGAUGUGGGAUGUUCUUAAUUGGAAGUCUUCAGACAGAGGCUGGAGAGCAACCUGUCCAAAAUUGUGGGGCAAAUCUUGCACUAAGCAGGGUGUUGGACCAGGUGACUUCUGAGAUAGCUUCCAACACUAUGAUUCUGUGCAAUAUUUGGAGCCUGUAAAGCUAGCAUUAGCACCAGGUCCCACUGUUACUAGGAUCAAUUCAUACUGAUUGAUCCCUUUUCUGCCAACAUACAGUACAUGGAACCCUGAAACUGGUGGUUCCUGUACGAGGAUGGCUGCCAUUUUGAAGGAUGACUUCCUCAACCUCUCCAAUUAUAAGUCCUGGCUUACCUAUGCACCCACAGAAAAGAUCCUGGACCAGAUUCUCCCUGUACUAUUCAAGCUUCACCUCUAAUUGAUUUCAGCCACUUUCACGCAAUACAUACAAAAUAUAGAGAAAUAAAUCUUCAUAG